AUGAAUAAUUAUUUAUUUUUCAUUACUGCAGAUGAAUUACAAACAAACGAGCUCGAUGAAGCGACAUUAAAUCAACUGUCAAACUAUUUGUCAUCACUUCUCUCCCAGCCGAUAUGGAAUACACCGUUAGUUAUCGUUGAGGACCCGCUGCUGCUUGACGAGGUAGAAGACUCAAGUGAGCUUGACAUGAUGCCUUCUGUUAACAAGAGAUCAAGAUAUUAUCGCCGCUAUCCGUGGAAGCGUCAACACUCGAGGCCUGGAAAUUCACUCGACUACGAAUCAUUGCACCUAUGCACACCCUCCCGAAACGAUGUCUAUCAACUGUUGGUAGCUCUUCACCAAGUCCGCAACGGAGAAAAACAAGCGACUGUUAACUUCUGCAAGCGCCGUCGACCUGUUAGUAAAGUCUUCACCAGCAUUCGAUUUCUCGGACGAAGGAAGUAA